GCGAACCACAGGCUCGCAAGCUCCACCGACCAUGACCGAGGUUGCCUGAUGCAAUGGGAUGACAUCAAGAGACGGAUUCAGAUGAUGACGCGGGCCGAAUCGAGGCUUAUCGGAAGACACAGAGACAAGAAUAGAGGGCAACAGCCAUCACAAGCAGAUCUAUAUAAACAGGGAUGUGAUCUCUGGAGAUUGAUCGUUCGAAUGCGAUAGACAAAACCCCAGCUACCGAUAUAUCCACCAUGGUCGUCAACAUCACCGCCGAAGAUCCCCAGCCCACCAUCCACAGCCACAUCAAUGGCACCACCAACGAGAUCCUCGAUCGGCUCUGCGUGACCGAGCUUCUCAAAGGCUGGCCGGUAUACCGAGACGCCUCCGAAUGGGCCCAUUACCGUAACUGCUUCGCCGAGCAGGCGUACAUCUUCACAACCUGGAGCGGCGGUAUGCCCAUCGAUGAAUUCAUCGAAGUCUCCAAGAAGGGCCGGCGCAAUGGGGACCACAUCAUGCACCGCGAGAACGGCACCCUCGUCGAGCUCAACCCGGCGACCGGCCGCGCCGUGGGCAAGAUGAAGGCCACCAUCACCCAGCGCUUCGACUUCAACGGGGUGGAGUGUGACGUCGAAUGCGACUGUCGCUUUAUCAUGUGGUGCCAGAAGGAUCCGGCGGGCUGGAAGGUGCACUACAAGCGUCUGUUUUACGAGAAGGACAAGAUCCUGCCCGUCGACGGCAAGAAUGUCCCCGAGUUUUCGGCGGAGGAAUUGGCGCCGUACCCUUAUGGGUAUCGGUAUCUGGGCGCGGCGCAGGCCCGGCUGGGCCAUAAGAUCAAGCUGGACUUGCCGACGAUGGAGGAUAAUGAGAAGUUCCGCGGCAUGUACGAGGCCAUGGAGAAGUGGCUGAGAGGGGAGGACAUCAAGGAGACGUUGGGGAUUCCGCUGUGAUUGCUGCGAUUGAUUGUGAUGGAGGAGAUUUUUUAUAGGGUGUGGAUGGUUUGGCUCUUGUGUGUGGUGAUUUAGGCGCAUUUCCUUUCAAUGGAUGUUGGGUCUCUUUGCUUGAUUGCAGCCAACUUGCAUGGAUUAAUAAUGAGUCACGAGUCUUGUAUAUGAAGUUUGUUGUUGCAGAUCAUCAUUGAUAGCAUUGCGGGGUAUAUUCCUCUGCUUUCCUUUCCUUCCCUCACUGCCUUGUC